UUCAUCAAAACCUGACCAGACAAAUAAUCGGACAUCAUAUUAUCAUCGUCCCUUCCAUUGUUUCAAUUUAAUAAUUAUUUAUUUCUUAGCCAUGGUGAAGAACAAUACAGGUCGCCGGCAAACCUGUAAGAACAUAGCAUCGCCGUCGCCGGCGAGGAAGUUCAAGGGCGUUCGAAUGAGGAGGUGGGGAUCAUGGGUGUCGGAAAUCAGAGCUCCCAAUCAGAAGACGAGAAUCUGGCUGGGCUCCUAUUCCACGGCGGAGGCCGCCGCCAGGGCGUACGACGCCGCCCUGUACUGUCUGAAAGGCUCAUCCGCCAUUCCCAAUUUUCCAAUUUCUUCAAAAUCAGCACCAAACCCUAAUUCCCAAAUCAUGUCCCCUAAAUUAAUCCAAAGAAUUGCAGCUGAAGCUGCAGCUGCUGCUGGAGAUAAUUGCAAUGGCGAUGAUUCUGGUUCAGAUGAUUUCAAAAUUGGAAACCCUAAUCGUGAUUUGGGGAUUAUUGAUUCCAGCUGUUCUUCUUCGUCGUCGUCGUCCGAUGGCGGCGAUUAUGGGUUUUCGUUGGCGCCGGCGGCGGAUGAGGCGGCCGGGAUCUGCGCCGCCGCGUGGUACAACUUCGACUCCCCGAAGUACAACGACAGCAUGGUGUUUGAUUCUUAUUAUAAUUACAAUGUGGUGGAAGAUUGCGGCUGCGAAGAGAGUGAUAUUCGUUUGUGGAGCUUCUGCUGAUUGCCGGAAUCCGCCAUGGCCGUCGUCUCUGUGUUUCUGUUAUUUAUUUCAUUAUUUUUUAAAUUCAUUGGAGGAUUAAUUGGUGGGGAUAGUGAUCUUCAUUUUCUAAUUAUUCCUCUGUAUUGUUUCUAGAAGAUAGACAUAUAGAAAUUACAAAGAAUAAUAGUACUAAUUUUAUUACAUGUUUCUUUGUUCGAUUUUAUAUUUA